GCUCUAUUUAAAGCAUCCCAGGGCUCCCAGAGCAACUGCAGAGGCAAACCUGAGCCUGCCAUUAAACUACUGAGGGGAAUGGCAGAACCAGCCCAGGCCCCGCUGUCCCGCCUGCUGGUGCCCGUGCUGCUGGCGCUGGGCUGGAUCCUGGGCUGUGCCCUCGUGGUGUACAUCGUCUUCUGCUGACCAGGGAGGGCUGGCAGUGCCACACAGCGCCCUGCGGUCAGAAGAACCUACAAUGAUGUUGGAUGAGAAGAACACAGAAGUUCAGUUUAGAUUUCUAAUUCUAAAAUACGUAUAAAAUAAGUUAUUUUUAAUAUCAA